CUGAUACUGUUACGACGAUACGAGGUCGGGCUACACCAACACGGCGCUAUCUUCCUCCAUCCCUUCCUUCCGCUCUGUUGGACUCGCCGCCGUUGGCCUUGCUGGAGUUGCGCAUCUCUUCCCCUCAAAUGGCGCAUUCAUGCGUCUCCUCCUCUUCUCUUAUAUUUAACUCUACUUCACUCUCGCUCUGUCCCCCCAACCCUACCACUUCCACCAAAUCCUUUUCUCUCACCACCAAAUUCAGCAAAUCCACUCCCCGUCCCUCUUCCCUCAAAGCUGUAUACGCUCCGGACCACAGUUCACGACCCGGUGUUUGGUCCAUUAGGGAUGACCUGCAAAUUCCAUCCUCGCCAUACUUUCCAGCUUAUGCACAAGGACCUCAGGGUCCUCCUCCGAUGAUGCAGGAGCGCUUUAUGAGUGUCAUCAGCCAACUUUUCCAAUAUAGGAUCAUCCGAUGUGGUGGAGCUGUAGAUGAUGAUAUGGCAAAUAUUAUUGUUGCUCAGCUGCUCUAUCUUGAUGCUGUGGAUCCUAAUAAGGAUAUAGUGAUGUAUGUGAACUCCCCAGGCGGAUCAGUUACAGCUGGUAUGGCUAUAUUUGACACAAUGAGGCAUAUUAGGCCUGAUGUUUCAACCGUGUGUGUUGGACUAGCAGCUAGUAUGGGUGCUUUUAUAUUGAGUGCUGGCACUAAAGGUAAAAGAUACAGCCUUCCAAAUUCAAGGAUAAUGAUCCAUCAACCUCUUGGUGGGGCACAAGGAGGGCAGACUGACAUUGAUAUUCAGGCGAAUGAAAUGCUUCACCACAAAGCAAAUUUGAAUGGUUAUUUGGCCUACCACACCGGACAAAGCCUGGAGAAGAUCAACCAGGACACAGAUCGUGAUUUUUUCAUGAGUGCUAAAGAAGCCAAGGAGUAUGGACUGAUAGACGGUGUUAUCUUGAACCCUCUUAAAGCCUUGCAACCACUUGCAGCUGCAGAAGAGCCACAAUAGUUAGUUAACUAUGGUUUUUGGUGUUCAGUCUUCAAGAUCCUCACCUGAACUCAGUCAAGGGACUUGGAUAUACCGCAUUUGCUGUCAUCAUUAUGAGUUUGCCUCCUUUUGCUUGAUUCCUUCCCCACUUUUAUCACCAAUUGAAUUUUAUUUCCAUUAUAUGAUAGGGAAGACUUUUGAGUAUUCAA